AUGUCGGGUGGGUUGGAGAACAUGCAUCUCGAAAAUGUUUGUCGCCUCUGUCUCACGGAUGCUUCCGAGGCUGGGGACAUGUUUCCGAUCUUCCCGGUCCGCGGUGGAAAUCCAUACAGUCCUACGUCCGUGGUCAAUCGGAUACUUCAGUGUACAUCUUUGAGGCUCGAACAAACCGAAGGCGUACCGGCGACAAUAUGCGAGCUGUGCAGCGUCCGGCUGGAAGAUUGGCAUGCGUUCCGCGAACAGUGCGUCGGUUCGGACGAAUAUCUGCGGGUCACACUGCGUCACGCAUUCUAUCCCGACGAAGGCCAAACAUCACAUUCUGCCAGCUCGAACCCAGCCAUCCCUGUGCUCCCGCCUAAUGGGAAUCAUUUGAGCAAGUCCUCACCUAUCUACACAGACAGCAUGUCGACAAAACCAUCGCCCGUCGGUAGAAACGUAUCCAUGACACCUCCACCGCCGGUCUCGUCGCGAUUGACUUUGGCCAAACGACGACAGAGCACAUUCGAAUUGCCCGUUUCUGACGGCAGGGGUAACACUACGGACCAGAAGAUUCUCGUCGAGGUGCUCGGCGUUUGCAACGACACCGGAAAGCGACCAUCGGUACCAACGUUCGAUGGAAUGAAUGGGCAGCAGGACAAGCCGAAUGGUUUCUCCACGCUGGACAACACCAUGCUGGAGCAGGCAAGCUGGUCCAGAGAGUACUGCGCCCGGAUUAACAAUCUGAUGGUAAAGGUGAACGGGCCACGGCCGUUCAAAUGCAAGGUGUGCCGUAGAAUGUUUAACAAUCGUACGAAUAUGCGCCGCCACAUCAAGGUACUGCACAGCGACGAAGUCUUCGAGGGUGAAAGCCCACCGCCCGAGUGCUAUGGCUAUACCGAUCAGGUGGACCAAUCGCAACAGGACAUGUCACGGCCACCGGUGAAAAAGAAGCGCAAAAGUACCGACCCUCCGAUCGUGGGUCCGUACAAGUGUGAGGUGUGUCCGAGAUCGUUCAAAAUGCCCGCCCAUUUGGCGGUGCAUCGCAAAACGCACCGUCAGAUCGAGUUCGAUCAGUCCGAGCUGUCCAGGGCGAUCGAGCAGCAGAAGCAACAGAUGCAGCAGCAACAACGCGAACGAUCGUCGUCGGCCGUUUCAUCGGAGGUGGACCGAACGCGAAAGGCAACCACCAUUGAACCGUGCGACGUAAUACAGCUGUCGGACGAUGACGAGGAGGAAGAGGCGGUGGGUAAGACGUUACAACGCACAGCGUUUGGUGCGGGCGAUGAUUUGGACGAUGGGUUCGAUGAGGAGGAAGGUAGCCUAAAGGAAACAAGCUUACUGGAUGCUGAUUUGCGGCCCGAUCCUUCGUCGCUCGCGAUCGUUCAGAUCGGUGCCGAAGACAACGAUGGUCCGGAACAGUCGGUGACGGAAAGGCACGAUGAGGAGGAAGAUGAGGACAUCAUGGUGGUACAGGAUGUGGAAAGCAAAGCGCCAGCGAGCAAACCGAAACCCGGCCCAUCAUCGACCCGUGCUCCACCAGGACCACUCUCGUCGAAGCUAAAGUACAGCAACCAGACAGCAAGCGGUACCGACGGUGCAAAGCUACACCAAAAGCCACUGAUUGCUGCCCGGCCAAUAGAGGAUCUUCAACGAAAGCAAAGUUCCUCGCACUCUACUGCGGUAGGUCCUGCUAGUAAACAGAAGCUGGCAACAGUUGGUACUCCUCCAACGACCGAACACCAACCGUCAUCCUCCUCAACAACGACCGUACAUCGUUGUCACCUGUGCCGGCACACGUUCCCACGGGAGGAUAUGCUCCGGGAUCACCAGAAAUCGCACCAGAACGAUACACCGUGUGCGUAUCGGUGCGGCUGGUGCAAGAAAGGGUUCCGCUAUCGGCAGAACUACACCUUACAUCUCGAGAAACAAACCUGCCGGCUUAUAAACGCGGACCCAGUACGUGCGCUGCAGCAGCAACAGCAGUCGCAGCAACAGGCGGGCAAAUGUACUUAA